AUGAGCUGCUUCAACUGUUGUGAAGAAGAUGACAUCCAUAAAGCUGCUGAUUAUGGAGGCGCAUAUACAGUUAAAAGCUCAGCAGGCAAUGUCGGCAAUUAUCAUGCAUCAGAAACAGCACCCAAGGGCCCCCAGGCUGUUAAAAUCCAGCCUAUUGAAGUCCCUGAAAUAUCAGUGGAUGAACUUAAGGAAGUUACAGAUAACUUUGGUACGAAUUCAUUGAUAGGAGAAGGAUCAUAUGGAAGAGUAUAUUAUGGUGUUCUUAAAAGUGGGCAGGGUGCAGCAAUAAAAAAACUAGAUGCCAGCAAACAACCUGAUGAUGAAUUCUUAGCUCAGGUCUCCAUGGUAUCAAGGCUGAAGCAUGAAAAUUUUGUACAGUUGCUUGGGUAUUGUGUAGAUGGGGGUUCCCGUGUACUCGCCUAUGAAUUCGCUUCUAAUGGAUCUCUUCAUGAUAUUCUUCAUGGGAGGAAAGGUGUUAAAGGAGCACAGCCCGGUCCUGUCCUUACGUGGCCACAGCGUGUAAAAAUUGCUGUUGGUGCUGCAAAAGGGCUUGAAUACUUGCAUGAAAAGGCCAAUCCUCACAUCAUUCAUCGUGACAUUAAGUCCAGCAAUGUUCUUAUUUUUGAUGAUGAUGUUGCAAAAAUUGCUGACUUUGAUUUGUCAAAUCAAGCUCCUGAUAUGGCAGCACGGCUCCAUUCCACUCGAGUUCUGGGUACAUUUGGUUAUCACGCUCCCGAAUAUGCAAUGACUGGACAAUUGAAUGCAAAGAGUGACGUGUACAGUUUUGGCGUUGUCCUGCUUGAGCUUCUGACUGGGAGGAAACCUGUUGAUCACACUUUACCACGUGGACAGCAGAGUCUAGUGACAUGGGCUACACCAAAACUCAGCGAGGACAAGGUUAAGCAGUGUGUUGAUGCAAGAUUACAAGGAGAGUACCCACCCAAGGCAGUUGCAAAGAUGGCUGCCGUUGCUGCCUUGUGUGUGCAAUAUGAAGCUGAUUUCCGGCCUAACAUGAGCAUUGUGGUCAAAGCCCUCCAGCCCCUGUUAAAUGCCCGGCCAGGACCUGCUGGAGAAGCACCAAACAUAUAA